AUGUCCACCUCCAAAGCUCCUUAUGGCUACACAGCAACGGGUAGAAUUAGAAAGAGGCCAGUCAAAGGGGCACCCCCAGCCAUCCAAACAGUUGAUCCACUACUAGGACAAAGGCCAGAGAAGUUUUCUAGUUGUCCUGUUCCUACCUGCAAUAAAGAUUUUCAACACCGGAAAGACCCUCACAAAGCGGUUUGGCAACACCUCCACCAUCAUGCAACCAGUUAUGUAGGGGAUCCGGCCCACAAAGCAGCGCAUUCAGACCUCAAAGAAGAGAGGAAUCUAGGUAUUCAAGAUAAGAAAACCCGUGAAAGACAGAAUUCAGCUAGAUGGAGGGCAAAAAAUGUUAGGAAAGCUAAGCGGUCAUCGGCUAUGGGGACAGCAAAACGCAAAUUUGAGAUACAAUUGAGAAGAGCCGGGGAAUUUUCUGAGGAGGCUUUGAAGAAAUUAGUUGAGGAGAAAAUGAUCGAAUGGGAUUCUAAAAAUUAG